ACCUAUAUAGUUUAAGGUAAAAAAAUUUGGCCUUCAAAAGAAAUUUCAAUCGUUGUACUGUUGAUAUUUGGCUCUGUUGACUAAUGAGUUUGCCGACCACCGGGCUAGUAGAUUGGCACUGCUGGAAAGUGUGUGGUUAUUUUGAAUGUGACUAAGUACAAACUAAUGCUUGCCUCUUUUUAAAUCCCUUUAGGAAAAAUAGAAAUGAAGGUACAUAUGCACACAAAAUUUUGCCUCAUUUGUUUGCUGACAUUUAUUUUUCAUCAUUGCAACCACUGCCAUGAGCCACAUGACCAUGGUCCUGAGGAGCACCACAGACACCAUCAUGGACUGACCGAAUCGGAGGCGAGCAAAUUUUCAGAGCUGGAUGCUGCCAAAAAUGAGAAAAAUUAUUACAUUGAAAAACUUUUUGACCGUUACGGUGAAAAUGGAAGAUUAUCCUUUUUUGGUCUGGAGAAACUUUUAACAAACUUGGGCCUCGGAGAAAUAAAAGUAGUUGAGAUUAAUCAUGAGGAUCUUGGCCACGAUCAUGUUUCUCACUUAGAUAUUUUGGCAGUUCAAGAGGGAAAGCAUUUUCACUCACAUAACCACCAGCAUUCCCAUAAGCAUUUAAAUUCAGAAAACCAAACUGUGACCAGUGUAUCAACAAAAAGAUACCAUAAGUGUGACCCAGAGAAAGAGACAGUUGAAGUGUCUGUCAAAUCUGAUGAUAAACAUACUCGCGACCGCAAUCAUCGGUUAUGUCAUCACCAUUGUUUGCGUCAUCACCUCGAUCAUAACACUACCCACCAUUUUUCUAAUGAUUCCAUUACUCACAGUGAGCAUGGGGAGACUAGCCAUGAGCCUUCAGCAGAGACCAAUAAAACACAGGAACAUUCUGAAAGUAAGCCACCAAAAGGAAAGAGGAAGAGAAAAGGGAAGAAUGACGAAAAUUCAGAGGUCAUUACACCAGGUUUUCCCCCUAACCAUGAUCAGGGUGAACAAUACGAGCAUAAUCGGGUCCAUAAACCUGAUCGUGUACAUAACCCAGGUCAUUCUCAUGGACAUCUUCCAGAACAUAAUGGUCAUGAUCCUGGUCAUGGACACCAAGAUCCUGAUCCUGAUAAUGAAGGUGAACUUCGACACACUAGAAAGCGAGAAGCACCACAUGUUAAAAAAAGUGCAAUUUAUUCAGCUGCUAGUCACAAAGAUCAUAAUGAAGAUGACCGCCAACAUGAGUGUUUGAACGUCACUCAGUUGUUAAAAUACUAUGGUCAUGGUGCCAACUCUCCAAUCUCCGCUGAUCUAUUCACAUACCUUUGCCCUGCAUUGUUAUAUCAGAUUGACAGCAGACUUUGUAUUGAACAUUUUGACAAACUUUUAGUUGAAGAUUUAAGUAAGGAUAAAAAUACAGUUCCUGAAGAUAAGGCAAAUGUAGGGGCAUCGGCGUGGAUUUGUGGUAUCAUUUCUGUCACUGUCAUUAGCCUGCUUUCCUUGCUUGGUGUGAUCUUGGUUCCCAUCAUUAACCAAGGAUGCUUCAAAUUCCUUCUCACAUUCCUUGUGGCUCUGGCUGUAGGAACAAUGAGUGGAGAUGCCCUUCUUCAUCUACUGCCCCAUUCUCAGGGUGGACAUGAUCACAGUCACCAACACGCACACACGCAUGGGCACGGCCAUGGCCAUUCGCAUGGACACGAGCCCAAGAAGUUUCUGGAAGAAUAUGAUGCUGUACUGAAAGGACUUGUCGCUCUAGGAGGCAUUUACUUGUUAUUUAUCAUUGAACACUGCCUUAGAAUGUUUAAGCACUACAAACAGCAAAGAGGGAAACAGAAGUGGUUUAUGAAGCAGAACACAGAAGAAUCGAGUAUUGGAAGGAAGCUUUCAGACCACAAGAUAAAUAACACGCCAGACGCCGACUGGCUGCAGCUCAAGCCUCUUGCAGGAACGGAUGACUCGGUUGUUUCUGAAGAUCGCCUUAAUGAAACGGAACUGACAGAUUUAGAAGGCCAACAAGAAUCCCCUCCCAAAAAUUACCUUUGUGUAGAAGAGGAGAAAAUCAUGGACCACUCUCACAGUGAUGGGUUCCAUACCAUUGAUGAGCAUGCUCUCCAUGCUGCUACACCCAACCACCACGACGAGAGUAAGACUGUGCUGAGGAAACACAGUCAUCAGUGGCACCACAAACAUUCUCAUCAUUCACACGGCCCCUGCCACUCUGGGUCGGACUUGAAGGAAACGGGAAUAGCUAACAUCGCCUGGAUGGUGAUCAUGGGGGAUGGCAUCCACAACUUCAGCGACGGCUUAGCCAUUGGAGCGGCUUUCAGCGCUGGGCUGACAGGAGGCAUCAGCACGUCCAUCGCUGUCUUCUGCCAUGAGCUGCCACAUGAGUUAGGUGACUUUGCAGUCCUUCUGAAAGCAGGCAUGACCGUGAAGCAGGCGAUUGUGUACAACCUGCUCUCGGCCAUGAUGGCUUACAUCGGCAUGUUCAUCGGCACCGCGGUGGGGCAGUACGCCAACAACAUCACCCUCUGGAUCUUCGCCGUCACUGCCGGCAUGUUCCUCUACGUGGCCUUGGUGGACAUGCUUCCGGAAAUGCUGCAUGGUGACGGCGACAACGAAGAGCAUGGCUUUUGCCCCGUGGGGCAGUUCGUGCUGCAGAACUUGGGGCUGCUGUUCGGAUUUGCCAUCAUGCUGGUGAUCGCCCUCUAUGAAGACAAAAUUGUGUUUGACUUCCAGUUCUGACCAUUCCGGCGACCACUGUGGAUUACAGGAAGGCGACCGUGCAGCUUGGCACCUGUCCUUGUACCGUGUGCGCGUUGCUCCAAGAGAGGUCACUGUCUGCACCGCUUACACGUUCCGAGAUUUGAGCUGACUCGAGACUGGUGCUCUGUACUGUUCUCCCUGCGCAGAGGGGUCUUUUUAAAACAUGUAAAGCUUGUGAUAUAGAAAGGAGAAAAUGGGACUCCAUGAAACAACGUUGGUAUAGGAUUAAGAUUUCCACAAAAAUAAUCAUAUAAAACACUAAAGUAGUCUCUUUAUUAGUAGAAACUUCUGUGGCUAUGCAGAAAUAGAAAUUGAACCAAAAAAAAUCACUUAAACUUUAAAAUAUUUUAAAUGGACUUUGAACAGACUUUUCUUUGUGCUAAAAAUGACUUGUAGUGUCCUUUAAUUCAGCUACAUACAUACAUGUGGUAACAGGGAUCAACUUGACUUUGAGAUUGCAUACGUAGAUUCUAGGGCCCAGAGGAGAGCUCAGGCCACAGUAGGGUGUGGAUUUAGCAUUGGGAAAAGUCCUUAUUCUUGAAUCUAGAGUUACUAUUUUUGUAUAUAUUUACAUAGUGUUUAAACUCCCAGCCUAAACUACUGAAAUGUGUGAUUGUAUGUUUGUGUGAGCUUCAGUUUAAUGGAAGAUUCAUAAUGGUUCUCUGUAUUAUUAAUUAUUAUACUUGGUAUUUGGGUGUUUUUGUUUUGUUUUUUAAUUUUGGGGGUUUUUUUGGGGGGGAAGAGGGGUGGGUUAGGAGGUCGGAGCAUGUGGUAAAAUGUUUUUUAUUAUUAAAAUUGUAAUCCUCUAGAAAAUUUCAGAGAAGUGAAGAAUCCAUACAUGGUCUAAAUAUUCAGUUUUCCUACUUUAACAGUACUAACUAGUUAUUUGGGAAGUUUAAGUUCUAAAUGUACGUAUCGCUUUACCAGAUGGCAUUGGGACCAUGCUGUCGCCGACAGUAAAUCCAAAUGUACCAUGUCCAUAAUCCGUACAUGGAGUGUUAAAGGAACAAAACAAAAAUCGGUUAUGAGGGUAAUCCCUAGUGAUACUGUGGCUAUCAUAGUGCCACGUGACUUGGAAGAUAGAUUUAAAUAACUCAGCUGAAGUCACUUGAUCAUUUUGUGCCAAGAUGUGCUGUUGGUGCCUGAUAGGGACUAGUCUCUUUUGUAGGCGCCCUGUUCUCCUACCGUGCAUUGUGAUCGACUUGUGAGAAGUGCGAGCUGUGUCUAUUCGGAAUUUUGACCUAAUAAUUUGUAGCCCAGCCAGAUGCAUGGAGCUUUCCGGCUCCACCCUGUGCCACAUGGUCCUCAUUUAUUCCAGUUCAGCUGAGCUUAACUCUGGGCAGGCAGCUUUCUUUUCAUCUGCUUGGCUCCGCAUGUAGCGGCUCUAAAACUCUUACUGUUCAAAUACUGAAGAGCCAAACUCUUUCCAUUCCAUAGAACACUGUCACUCGGUCCUCCUCCCCCCAGUUUCUGUCCUCCUGAACUUUACCACAGACACCAGAACUGAGAGCAGCGAGGCGCCCCGGUAUCAGCGGAGGCUGCCAGUGCUCCUUUCUGCUGCCAGCGAGGGAGCGAGGUGGUUUCCUCCUGGAUGCCUGGAUGUGCAGAGUGACUUCUGGCCUUCUCCCCGGUCUCCGGGAACGAGUAGGAGUUUUCUACAUGGAUUAUUUUCAGCAGUGGGCACUGAAUUAGGGCAGUCCUCAUCUCAUUGCUUGGCCCUUCAAGCAACUGAGCUAAAAGGUGCUGAUAUUUUAUUUAGUACUGCCAAGUUCAAGUGAUUCAAGUACCUUGCUUUCUGAACCAUGCCAAGUUUAUAGUUCAUUGCUGGGUUUCUGUACCCAGACAGCUUCUGCAUUCCAGCACUGUUAGAUCUGCUUAUCUCAAAAAUGUUUACGGAGGGCAGCAGCUGCCAUAUGCUCCCCACUGAAAUGCCCAACGUAAAGCAAAUAGGUUGUGCUGAAGUAGAUGAAGUUUUAUAUUCUCUCAGACACGGUAUUAUCUUUAUUUGCUAGAUCUUUUUAAACUUUGAGGAGGGCUGGAACCGUGGCUGCUAGUAUUUUGUUAGGGUUCCACCAGUGUUUAGUUUUCACGUCAUUCUGAUGCACAAUUUCAAGUCUUACAGACAAUCUGAAUUCCACUACAUUUCUGUUUGGCUCCAACAUUCCAUUGAGCGUGGCCAGCCUGCUUUAAGGUGUUUGUUGGAGGUCACUGCUGUUGCCCGUACGAUGCUGUCACCGUGUGACAUCCGUACGAAAUCCGGUGUACCUCACAUUGCAUUCGACCAGCUGUGAUUAUGCUUAGAAGUGCUCUAGUAACUAGUGCAGUGUGGAGUUUCCCGUUAGCAAUACGUCAGUGGCUUAAAUGUGAUGAUGGUCCUGCAAGGUGAUACUUGCUAAAAUAUCUAAACUUUUUGUUGUUAUAACUGAAUCAUUUUUUUAAAAAAUUUAUAAAGCUGACAUGAUCCAAUGCUGUUUUUUUCAUGGUCAACAGUGGUGUGUCAUUUUAUGUACGUUCCUAAUGCCUGUGGAACUCCCAAAAUAAAGACAUUAAAAAAAGAGCAA